UCUCCUCCAUAUCUCUCUACCCUUCUCUGCAGGCAUGGAAGAGCAAUUUAUACUUCGGCUUCCACCUUCGGUAGCUGAACGGAUACACCGGCUCUUGAGCGAAAACGCAUCUUCGUCUUCUGAUGACAAGUCCUUGGAUUUAACCUUUUCCGAGGAUGGGAGAAGUGGCACAUUUUCAAUAGGAAACGAUCACUUCCCUGCAUUUCUUUUGGAUUUACCUGGCAUUGUGGAGUCAUACAAAACCUAUGAUGAUAGCGUGCUGAUUAAAAGUGCAGAUAUUGGUCAAAUGAUUAUGGUGAAGGAGGAAGGUGACAGUGUUCCAGGUGAGGUGGAGUACAGACAUGGCCUUACCCCUCCGAUGAGGGAUGCUCGAAGGCGAAGGUUCCGCAGAGAACCAGAUCUAAAUCCUGAGCUGGUCCGGCGUGCUGAGAAAGAUUUGCAGAAUAUUAUGGCUGGUGGAACAGCUGAGAAUAUUGAUGUUGAAGCCAUUGAGCAUGAGGAAGAUGGUGAGGAAAAUGCUCGUAAUGUAAGUAAGAAGGUGGAACCUAAGCCUCCAGAGAAGCCUGACAUACCUGAGGCUGGGACAGCUGGUGGAGAGCCAGACAGAAGCGAUUCUGAUGAGUCUGAUUAUUCAAUAUGAUGGAGGUAUAUGGUACACAAGGUGCAACUCCACAUGUUAAGUAUUGUAUUGAGGUAGUAUCACCAUAUUAUCAAUGCUUUCUUCUUCAUCUCCGGUGAGGUCAGAUCUUCUCUUCAGGUUGCCUCUGCUCUGCCCCUCUUUUUUUUUUUUUGCUAAAGUUCGUAUUUCUUUUGUCCCUUGUCCACUGACGUGCAGUUUUCUGCUUUUUUUUCUCAUCCACGGGCUUGUUACCGCCCAAGGACGUGCCAUCUUCACUGUUGGUUGCAGAUCUUGUGCUUUCUUCUUCCUCUCCAGUGAGGUCGGGUCUUCUCUUCAGCCUUCUUACCGCCCAAGGAGGUCCCAUCUUCACUGUUGGUUGCAGAUCUUGUGCCGUUCGUUUGGAAAAAACUUCGGUCUCCUCCUCCUUUGUUGUAUUAAGCUUUCUUCUUCCUCUCCGUUUUCUGCUUUUUUUCUCAUCCACGGGCUUGUUACCGCCCAAGGACGUGCCACUGCUAUAAUAGCGUCCAUGUCGAUUUCUGGAAUUCAAGGUCAACCCCUGGAGAUCACCGGUAGUAUGAAAAGUCAAUAUGGAAACCUGAAGCCUGUUGCAGAUAACAUGAGUGUGGAAGUUGAAAAAUCAGUGUCACUAUCUACAGAAUCUCAUGUUGAGACUGAUGCCACUGAAGACAUUCUUGUCUGAUUCUGCUUUUACUCAAUUAAAAGAGUCAGAGACUGGGUUUCAUCGCAAGUCAAUGCAAGAGCUGAUUGGCUUAUCAUAGAAGUAUUACAAUGAAGUUGCUCUUCCUAAACUGGUUGCUGAUUUUGGUUCUUUGGAACUCUCACCAGUGGAUGGUCGAAUGUUGACUGAUUUUAUGCAUACAAGAGGCCUUAGGAUGCGUUCUCUUGGACAAGUUAUAAUGUGGGAAGUGAAUAAAGAGAGGCUGGGAGAAUUCCUUGAGGAGUUGCAGAGGAAAGAGGACACAAAUGACAGCUAUGUUGCUGCUCUGAGAGGGGAAACGUUGAUUAGAAACCCAUAUGUGAGAAUGCAACCUUUCCCGGAGCAAAGCACAGCUAAAGUUAGCAAGGAACAAGAGUAGAUAAUGAGACUACUUUUGGCAGAUUUUUGUACCCAGAACUUUUUUCUACUUUUCUCCUUUUUCACUACCAUUGUAGAGCACUAUUAUGUGUGUCUAACGGUGGCUUCUGGUUUACUGGUUCUUUAUUACAAUGGGAUCGCCAAAACUGAAGCUUAGCUUGUAUACAAUUGUACUUUAUAAAAAGGACAAAUAUUAAGUGGUAUAAGGAUAGAUAUUAUAAAAAGGACAAAUAUUAGCUUUGUUAUAGCUUCAGAAUUUAGCUUUAGUUAGUUUAUGUAAGCUAAGAAAGUGUCCCACCGCAGGAUGAUUAUUGAUUUUUAUAUUGUUAGCUAAUAUUUGUAUCCA